CCCUCCUUCCCAAUCAGCCUUAGUCAGUCUGUGGAUGUGUCCGCGUCGCUCCCACGCUAUUAAAAGCAGCUCAGUCAUGUCAGCGUGUGGAGAAUCGUGGGAACGCUCUCGCCGGGUCUUCAUUUCUUUGGAUUAGGAUACGCCGGGUGUGCGCUCGUUUUCUGGGCUUUUUUUUUGCGGCUUCGCUCGGGGUGUGUGCGGAGCGCAGCGGACAGACCGCCAAGAGUUUCAUUAGGGUUUGACCCUCCAUCUACGGGAGGGCUGUUUUUUCUUGUCCCAGCACAGGACAAAGGACGUGGGGAAAUUAAGGACUAAAGGGGGACAGCAGAGUAGGAGAGUGGUGACCAUGGAAGCCGGUUUCCUUGCACUCGCCUUUGGUCUUUUACUAAUCGGUGGAUGCUCGGCCCGUGUGGUGACGGUGUCUCCUGGUCCGUUAAUCAGGGUGGAAGGUCAGCCGGUCUCCAUCAGGUGUGACGUCAACGACUAUGAAGGACCUAGUGAGCAGGAUUUCGAUUGGGAGAUGUCCAGGGACAUAACCGGGCCAAAGACUCGAAUCAUCUCCACCUUCGAACCCGGCUUCUCGGACCCUUUGUUCAGCAGGCGUGUCGCGUCCGGUGACGUCUCGGUGGUGCGUCUCCAGGACAACGAGGUGGAGCUAAAGAUCGGCGAGGUGAAGCUGACGGACGCCGGUUUCUACCUCUGCCGAACGCCGAGUACCGACACGAUCACCAGCGGCAACUACAACGCUCAGGUCCAGCUCAGGGUUAUCCCCAACACCCUCAAGGUGACCCCCCAGACGCCGCCCCCGGUCGUCCAAGAGGGACUCGACCUCACGCUUUCCUGCAACGCCACGCGAGAACUGACCUUCCCUUCCCUGACCUACCUGUCCAUCGCCUGGUUGGUGAAAACCGGCGGCGGCUCUGAGGAAAUCCUCACGUUUGGCCCCCAGGGAGACGUCGUCACGGGUCCGAGGUUCACUCGCCGCUACCUCGACGGGGACCUCCGGCUGGCUCCCGGCAGGAACGGCGCGUUCGAGCUGGUGAUUUCCAGGGUCACCGCGUCCGACGAAGGGACGUACGCGUGCACGGGGUCUGAAUGGACACGUGAAAGCGGAGGGAAGUGGACGAAGAUUGUGGAAAGCUCCAAAGAGAUGGGGGCCGUUUCCGUCACUCCUACAAAUCGUUCCCUCAAUGUGAAAGCUUCAUCUUCGCCUUCCUCGCAAUCCUCCACUUCACUGCUGCUGUCUCCCGGCAACACGCUGACCCUCCUCUGCCGCGUCUCCGCCGACAACCUGCGCGCCCUCUCCCUGGAGGUGACCUGGCUGGCCGACGAUCGCGAAAUCAUCACCGUGAACCACAGCGGCGUGGUGAGCGCCAGCGCGGUCUCGAAAGGAGGCGAGGCGAGCCUGGAGAAGACCGGAGACGGCGACUACAGGUUGGCGGUCAGGGGCGUGAGCGGCAGGGACGGCGGGAUCUAUACCUGCCGGGUUCAAGCCUUUAUCGAGGAAGGACGCAUCACAGGAGGAGGAUCAGGGCGGUGGCACAAGGUGGCGGAGAAGACCUCCAACCCCGUGACUGUGAAGGUCUCCGAAAUCAAGCCGAACUUCACGCUGACCCUGGAAGCUGCCACGAAGCCCCAGAAGACAGGCGAGCCCAUAGAGCUCUCCUGUGACGUGACCAACAUCUUCCAGCUACCACCAGGGGGCAGACUGGGUGUCAGAUGGGAGCACAUCGGUCUUCCUGAAAAGGGGGCAAACGCUCCGUCCCCAAAGCUCAUUGGCUCCUUGGACGCCUACGGCAACCUGGAGUCGAAUUCGGCGUACAAAGACAGGCUGGACAGUGGAGUGUUGGGUCUGAGCAGAGCCCGACCCAACACGUUCAAACUGCGGUUUCUCCGCACACAGAAGAUCGACAUGGGCCAGUAUGUGUGCUCCGUCUCUGCCUGGAGCGUUAGCAGCCAGGGGGAGAUGGUGCAGGCCGUCGAGUACAAAAGCUCGCCGCUGACCGUACGGUGGGACACCAAGACCCCCACUCUCAACGUCGCGGCCAAAACCAUUCGUCAGGUCUCUGUGGGCGGGGCUACCUUUGAGAUGAGCUGCUCCGCCGUCACCGAGAACAUCGGGGACUGGAUCGGCUUCGCCGUGUACAUCCAAUCACAGGACGGCAUAAAAGGCGGCGUCAAAACCAUCAUGUCCCUCAGCCCCGACAACGUGGUGCAGAUCACCGACCCAGCUAGGAGCGACAACCUGGUUCUUUCCAAAACCGGCUCGGGAGAGUUCCGCUUCCGCCUGGAGGGCGUCCAGGUGUCCGACACAGGUUACUACUGGUGCAACGUCACAGCUUUCACCAAACAGCAGCCCGAUCAGUCCUGGACCACCGCCGCCACGUCGGAGUCCAACAAAGUCAACAUCUUCAUUAAAGAAGACGGGCUGACGUUCUCCGUCAAAAUCCACUCCGACGCCAGCAGCGUUUAUCCGUGGGAAAUGGCCAAGAUGGAGUGCUCUGUCGGCGUCUCCGGAUCCUUGCCAAAAAGUGAGGAGCUGGCGUACGAGGUCAGGUGGUUUUUCACCCGGCUGCGCGGCGAGCAGACCACGAGUCCGGUGGUCGGCAUGGACCGCUUCGGCGUCGUGACCAAGUCCAACCGCAACUCGUCCAGCGACGUCUCCAUAGAGCGCAAGGACGCCAACACCUACGCGCUCAACAUUUUCAGAACUCAGGACAGUGACAGCGGUGAGUACCACUGCAUGGUGACUCCGUGGUACAAGUCGGCCUCAUCAGGACUAUGGACUCAGUAUAAAGAUUAUACCUCUGGCAAAGUCUUCCUCUCCGUCAAAUUUGCAGUAUGGGACUCCUUAAAGCUACCUCUCCUAUACGGUGCAUCAGCCUCUCUGGGUGUGGGCGUCUUCUCUCUGCUCCUGGGUCUGAUUUGCGCCCGGUGCUGCUGCCGCAACACGGCGCACACUCCCCGCUCGCGCAGCAAGCUGAUGGACCUCGAGAUGGACUGACAAACACUUUCCCCUGCGCCCGCGCACUGCAGCGCCCACAAGAAGCACCACGCGCAAAACAGACACACUCCCGUCGACGACUUCUGGGACACGCACCUGUUUGCCGCCGACGGGCGCUGGGAGUGAGUCCGUCGUUUCGGGAGCCUGACCGACCGAUCACAGUGCUUAUAUUUUUGAAAUAAAAUGAAAUCUAAUAAAGGUGCUUUUUGUGGGGGGAACUUCUCGGCUCUGCAGUGGAGGCGCAGGGGAUUUUCACGCUCGCUCGAUGGAGAAAUAGCCUUUCAGACUUCUGCUUCGUUUUUGAAUACGUUUUUGUUUUCCCAAUAGGAUUUCUAUCCGUUUUGAGAAACUCUGACAAAGCCGGAGCUUCUGAGAUGUCACUGCCCGCUGUGACUAGAGGACCUCUACACAGAUCUGCUGCCUGUCUAACCACUAGGAAUAACAACAACAAAAAAAAGAAGCGCUCAGGCUGGAUUACUUUCUUUUUCACUGCUUUUUUUUUUCAGAUGCCAAGGCUAAUCGCAAAAAGAAAAGUACAACCUUUUCUUUUUAUUUAUUUGUUUUUAAUUGCGGGUGAACAGCGAAAAAGUCCGAAGCUGGAUUAAUCGAACCUGGAUUUGUCCGAUUUUUUUUUUUUCUUCAUCUUGAAGCCCGAGCCUUCCUUCUGCCAUAGAGGAGUUUGUGGAGUAAACAUGAAAAUAAAAAAUGUGCUUCAUGUUUCCAAAUGAGAGGCGUUGCACUACCAUCCCAGAGUGAUCCUAUUUUAACAAAAAAGGAAAAUAACUAACUUUAUUGUCAGGACUUUCUUUUUUUCUUUUCUUCGUCAUCUUUUGAAAAUUGAGAGAUUUUAAAGUGACAUUAAAGAGACAUUUUUAAGCUUUACAAAAAGAUAUGCAGUCGGUGUGUUUGUGUGUGAGAUAUACUGUACACAGUGCCAAUAUUUGUGGAGUGUGCUUAGUUCAGAUUACCGGACCGACACUUGAACAGUCGCUACUGGCGGCAGCGGAAAACACUCCUCUUUUAUAAGUAUUCAGAAAUGUAUCCAGAUGUUAUUUUUGCCUGAGUCUUGUGUGUGUUUUGUACAGUGUGUGAGUGCUGUGCGACAAAGGGUUGCAUGUACUGUUUAGUAACAGUAUGAUGUUUGUCAUGAGCAACAUAAAUCUUUCUCCUUCCCCCACUAAAAGCCUGCUGCUUUCGAAUUUUAAAAACUGGCUGCUGAAAAUGCUAGCCAGCGUGAGCACAUGAUGCUAAUUCAUUAUGAUACAAGAAACUCAGUUGCUUUUUUUUUUAUUAUUUGCAUUAACCAUAGUUCAUAAUUUUGCGUGUCCAUGAGUCUCACAUGUUUUAAUUUUUUUAAAUAUUUUUUUAAAAAUGUGCUUAGCUUGGAUUUGUUUAGCAUAAAGACGAAAAGCAGGGAGACGGCUAAAUUUGCUUGCUAACAUAAAUCAUAUGGACAACCUAUUUUUGUUAAGUGACUAUAAAACAGCUUUUGGCCACUAUAUGAACCCCAAUUUUUAUCAUUUUGGUAACGCAUAUGAAACUGUGAAAGUUUUGCUUUCCAAAACUAUAACUUUUUACCUCAACUAGUAGUUAGCCUAAUGAAAUUAUGCUAGGUUCUAUCCCACAUCGAGCUGGAUUUUAUGCAACUUUUAAGAAGGUCUAUGGUUCAACUCAAACUAGGCUUUAUCGCUGUUUAAGCUAGGCUUCAUCUUACUUCAAGCUGUUGCCUGUGGGUCUGUCAAAAUUCAGGGGCUACAUUUGAAGGUUGAUUAUGUCACAACAAUAUCCAAAUUCAGAGGCCUCUCCAAAUGGGCCCCACAAAAAAGUUUUUUUUCUGCAGAGUUGAAGGACAGAUACCACUUCAGGCUGUGUAUCAGGAUGGGUUGUUUCCCACUUCAAGCUAGGCUAUAACCUGCUUCAAGCUAGGCUAUAACCUGCGUCAAGCUAGGCUAUAACCUGCUUCAAGCUAGGCUAUAACCUGCGUCAAGCUAGGCUAUAACCUGCUUCAAGCUAGGCUAUAACCUGUUUCAAGAUUGGCUAUAACCUGCUUCAAGAUGGGCUAUAACCUGCGUCAAGCUAGGCUAUAACCUGCUUCAGGCUAGGCUAUAACCUGCUUCAGGCUAGGCUAUAACCUGUUUCAAGAUUGGCUAUAACCUGCUUCAAGCUAGGCUAUAACCUGCGUCAAGCUAGGCUAUAACCUGCUUCAAGCUAGGCUAUAACCUGCUUCAAGCUAGGCUAUAACCUGUUUCAAGAUUGGCUAUAACCUGCUUCAAGAUGGGCUAUAACCUGCUUCAGGCUAGGCUAUAACCUGCUUCAGGCUAGGCUAUAACCUGCUUCAAGCUAGGCUAUAACCUGCUUCAAGCUAGGCUAUAACCUGCUUCAGGCUAGGCUAUAACCUGCUUCAGGCUAGGCUAUAACCUGCUUCAAGCUAGGCUAUAACCUGCUUCAAGCUAGGCUAUAACCUGUUUCAAGAUUGGCUAUAACCUGCUUCAAGAUGGGCUAUAACCUGCUUCAGGCUAGGCUAUAACCUGCUUCAGGCUAGGCUAUAACCUGCUUCAAGCUAGGCUAUAACCUGCUUCAAGCUAGGCUAUAACCUGCUUCAGGCUAGGCUAUAACCUGCUUCAGGCUAGGCUAUAACCUGCUUCAGGCUAGGCUAUAACCUGCUUCAAGAUUGGCUAUAACCUGCUUCAAGCUAGGCUAUAACCUGCUUCAGGCUAGGCUAUAACCUGCUUCAAGCUAGGCUAUAACCUGCUUCAAGCUGGGCUAUAACCUGCUUCAAGCUAGGCUAUAACCUGCUUCAUGAUGGGCUAUAACCUGCUUCAAGAUGGGCUAUAACCUGCUUCAGGCUAGGCUAUAACCUACUUCAAGCUAGGCUAUAACCUGCUUCAAGCUAGGCUGUAUCCUACUCCAAGCUAGGAUGUGUAAGGCUAUGUUAUGUCCUGUCCAAAAUAUCCUGUUAUAUACAAUAUAUACAAAAUAUACAUCUGUCCAAAAUCGCAUACAUAUAUUCAGUUUUGUUAAAUUCUUCACUGAUGGUUGUUAGCUGAAAUGCUAGCCAGAAAACAUUUGGAAAAUGUAACCUCUAAUAUUUCCUUAAAUUAUUUCAUAUGUUUAGCUUCUUCUCAUGGUUUGCUCUAUACCAAGCUAGCCGUGUCAUUGAUAUUUAUGUUGCAGAUUUUCUUUCAGAUAAAAAUUUUAAAAGUAGAAUCAUAAAAUUUGGCAUAAUUUCAAAAGAUUAUUCAUGUAGUAUAAAACCUAAGAAAUGUCUGCAUUAAAUUCAUCAUUUUUGACGUGGACUUGGUGUAAGGUUGUGCUGAACAUCCAUAAACCCUAACAAUAAUUUGUAAGGAAAGCAAAUUAUGCUUAAUUAUAGCUAAAUAUCUAAUGUAAUAGCUUAAGAUUAAUUAGGAUGUGUUUACUUGGAGAAACAACCAAAUAUAACAUAUUGCUGUUAAUUUUACAAGUCUGUCAAAAUACAAAUUGGCACUGGAAGUAAAACGUAUAAAGAAAUUGACUUAAUGACAGAAUUAGGCAGCAAAUUUCAACUUUUAAUAAACUAAUAAGUAGAGAAGUUAGCUUAGUCGUGGGGGAAAAAAACCACACCCAAAAUGUCUUAGUAAUAUUUAGUAAAUUUGUGAAAGGAUUUUUUUUUUUGUAUUUUCCAAAUUUACAUAAAAUGAUUAAACGUAUAGAAUAAAUUCAUUACCUUGAA